AUGCUUCGGUUGGGACUUCCUUGUCUGGCGCUCGUGGCAUUAACUAGCGCGUUGCAAAUUCAUGAUUACGAGCAUGAGGAGCACGCCAAGUACGAGCCGGAACAUGAGGAAACCGAGGUGCACCACGAGGUGGAUCACAAGCACGCCACAUCGCAUCAGAGCGUUAAAUUCCAUCACUAUCAUGCGGUACCCGUUUACAUUAAGCACGAGGAUCAGCAUCUGGUCAAGAAGCCCAUCGAGAUUGGCGGCACCAAGCAAAAGUUGAAGAUUCUGCACCCGAAGACCGAACACAAUCAUAACCAUGGCCUGGUGCUGGAGAACCACAGCGAGUCGCAUCUGCACGAGCACGGCCAUUACGAGGAGCCAGUGCAUCAUUCAGAGCACUACGAUCAUUAUUCGCACCAUGAAUAG